GACUUUCUGAAUGCUAUAAACAUCUUGUACUCCAAGGCCUUUGACAUUCCUUUGGGAGUUACAUGAAAUAUUUCUGCAAGAGGGAAGUAUUUAGCUUGCUUUUGUUUUCUUCAGUUAGCUUUGGAAAAACCAUAGUAGAGCACAAAAUGUUUCUGUAGCAGUCAUAUUUACAUGAUGGUUUUAGAUUAUGCAUAAUGGUUAUCAUGGAGUGUUUAAUUUGAUGACCUUAGAAUAACUAGUGUAAACCGUUAGAUCUUUCUCCGGCUUUACUUAAUUUACAUGACGGAUAAGAUUAUGCAAAAAAUCUGGUAUGAUAAGGUCAUAUUUUGUUAUUUAAUCAUGAAGUCAACUUGGUGAUGCCAAUUUGGGAAUAUAAUUGCAUUGGCUGACAACAUUCUUUAGCAAAUGCUAGGAAAAGUGGAGGAUAUGGAACGUUGAAAAUUGAGUUUGACUUCUUGGCCUCUAAGUUAUUACUAGACUUUGUUUUAUUAGCUCUAGAGAUUGCUUGUUACCAGAAAGAAUAAUUAUUUUCUUAGAAUUCAGUCUCUCUCCUUCCUUAGCAAUGGCUUGUAGACUAUAUUUGGCUUUGAUCUUCUCUUGCGUUUAUCUGAUUUGCCUGUCAAGUCAACAAGAAACCGGGUUUGUCUACAAUGGCUUCGAGCAAGCAGAUCUUUUUAUUGAUGGGAUCGCCAAAAUACUACCUGAUGGGCUUUUGCAGUUGACAAAUACUACAGAGUUGCAAAUGGGUCAUGCUUUCUUCAAGAAGCCGUUUGAUUUUGAUCCAUCUUCAUCACUAUCGUUCUAUACACAUUUUGUGUGUGCGCUUGUGCCUCCUAAGUUGGGAGCUGAUGGUGGCCAUGGGAUUGUCUUUGUUGUAUCUCCUUCCAUUGAUCUCUCUCAUGCAUACGCAACUCAGUACUUGGGGGUCUUCAGCAACUUAACAAAUGGGACUUCCUCUUCACAUCUGCUAGCUAUUGAGCUCGAUACCGUUAAGACAGUAGAGUUUAAUGAGCUGGAGAAGCCUCAUGUUGGUAUUGAUUUGAACAGCCCAAUAUCUGUUGAAUCUGCUCUGCCAUCUUACUUUUCCAACGCUUUGGGGAAGAAUAUAAGCAUAAAUCUUCUUAGUGGGGAGCCUAUACAGGUCUGGGUAGAUUACGAUGGCUCGUUUCUAAAUGUUACACUGGCCCCUAUAGAAAUCAAGAAGCCAAAUCAGCCUCUUAUAUCAAGAGCCAUCAAUCUUUCAGAAAUCUUUCAAGAGAAGAUGUAUGUUGGGUUCUCUUCAUCAACAGGGAAUCUUCUCAGUAACCAUUAUAUACUUGGAUGGAGUUUUAGUAGAAGAAAAGAACAAUUACAGAGCCUGAACCUCUCUACACUUCCUCGGGUUCCUCUUCCUAAAGAGGAAAAAAAGAAAUUAUCUCCAUUACUUAUUGGUUUGGUCAUCUUAUUAGUGAUUCCUGUGGUGAUGGUUCUUGGAGGAGUUUAUUGGUACAGGAGAAAGAAAUAUGCAGAAGUAAAAGAAUGGUGGGAAAAGGAAUACGGCCCACACCGAUUCUCCUAUAAGUCUCUGUACAAAGCAACAAAUGGGUUUCGUAAAGAUUGUCGUGUUGGGAAAGGUGGGUUUGGAGAAGUCUACAAAGGAACUUUGCCCGGAGGCAGGCAUAUAGCUGUGAAAAGACUAUCCCACGAUGCAGAGCAAGGGAUGAAACAGUUUGUGGCAGAAGUUGUAACCAUGGGAAAUUUACAACAUCGGAACUUGGUUCCUCUUCUCGGGUAUUGCAGGAGAAAAUGUGAGUUACUUUUGGUGUCUGAGUACAUGCCCAACGGUAGCCUUGACCAGUACUUGUUUCAUGAGGGAAACCCAUCUCCUUCAUGGUAUCAAAGAAUUUCUAUUCUUAAGGACAUUGCCUCAGCUCUCAGUUACUUGCAUACAGGAACCAAGCAAGUUGUUUUGCACCGGGAUAUAAAAGCUUCUAACGUCAUGUUGGAUUCCGAGUUCAACGGGAGGUUAGGUGAUUUUGGAAUGGCCAAGUUUCACGACCGUGGAACCAACUUAUCUGCAACAGCCGCUGUGGGAACCAUAGGUUACAUGGCACCUGAACUAAUAACAAUGGGCACGUCUAUGAAAACCGAUGUGUAUGCUUUUGGUGCUUUUCUUCUUGAAGUAAUUUGUGGCAGGCGACCAGUGGAACCUGAGCUACCAGUCGGAAAGCAAUAUUUGGUCAAGUGGGUCUAUGAAUGCUGGAAAGAGGCUUGCUUAUUCAAGACCAGAGAUCCAAGAUUGGGAGUAGAAUUCUUACCCGAGGAAGUCGAGAUGGUUCUGAAACUUGGGUUACUCUGCACAAAUGCUAUGCCAGAAUCAAGGCCUGCGAUGGAACAAGUGGUGCAAUACCUUAACCAAGACUUACCCUUACCGAUUUUCUCGCCGUCUACUCCAGGUAUCGGGGCUUUUAUGCCAGUUUCUAUGGAAGCAUUAUCUGCCAUUGGGGUCUCCAGUGUAAGGAACUCAUCAGUUUCUAUGUUUGUUACUCACACAAUCUUGGACGGGCAUGGAAGAUAAGAUCUAAGAAAUUCUAUACUCUAUACUCUUUUACUCUCUGCAUCUAAAUCUGUUUAGCUACGUAAAUGUUUUAACUUAAUGUAUUGACUAUGUUGUUGGUUGAUGUUGUACUCAAACUUC